AUGCACCCAUGAUGUGAUAAGUCAAUCAACAAGUCUGUUAUCACAGGUUCGACUUUAAAUCUUCACACUGAGGUAGUUGCAGUUUGGUAUAAACAAGAGAUUCUGCAGAUCAUGGAACUCAAGAGCAACACACACAAAAUGCUGGAGGAACUCAGCAGGAAAAAAUUCAAAGGAACUAUGCAGGAUCCCAAUGAAGAUACUGAAUGGAAUGAUGUCCUGCGAAGUUUUGGCAUUAUCCCUCCAAAAGAGCAGCCAAGGGAUGAAGUUGAAGAAAUGGUUUUACGUUUACAGGAGGAAGCAAAAGUUAAGCCCUAUGAACGGAUGAAUCUUGCAGAGCUAAAGGAAGCAGAGGAUGAGUUUGAUGAAGAGGACGAACGUGCUAUUGAAAUGUACAGAUGCCAGAGAAUGGCAGACUGGCAGGCUGUACAGAGAAAAAGUAGAUUUGGUGAGUUGGCUGAACUCCAAGGAAAUGAGUAUGUUAAACAAAUUACUUAUGCAGGAGAAGAUAUAUGGGUCGUUCUCCACCUUUAUAGACCUGGCAUACCAAUGUGUAUUUUGCUCAACCAUCACUUGGGCCAGCUCGCUAAGAAACAUCCAGAAGCAAAAUUCAUGAAGGCUAUUGCGAACAUCUGUAUUCCCAACUACCCAGACAAAUAUUUACCAACAAUAUUUGUGUAUUUUGAGGGUGAAAUUAAGGCCAGAUUUAUUGGAGUGGAAUGUGGAACUCCAGAUAUGAAGUUGGAAGAGCUGGAAUGGAAGCUAGCAAACACAGGAGCAAUAAAGACAGAUUUAGAAGAGAACCCCAAAAAGAAAACUGUGGACGUGAUGGCAUCAUCAAUAAGAGGUUGUUCUAUUAAAUAUUAUAAUGAAAGUGACCACGAGGAAGCCUGA